GGAAUUCACAUAGCCCUCGUUUUAUGUUCCGACAUAACCCAGUAUUUGAUUAUUGCUGAAACGCGUGGACUCAUUUUAUUUUGAGAACAAACUAAAGGAAGUGGCACAACUAUGGUGACGCAUAGCCCAAAACCUCGUUUCUGAUUGGCUGCUAUUCGGACGCAGGCACUUCCUCAACUUGGAGGAGAAACAAGAAAAUAAAAUGUUGGUCCUGGUGUUAGGUGACCUGCACAUUCCCCACCGGUGCAACACGUUGCCGGCCAAGUUCAAGAAGCUGUUGGUUCCGGGGAAGAUCCAGCACAUUCUCUGCACUGGCAAUCUCUGCACCAAGGAGAGCUACGACUACCUGAAGACGCUCGCUGGUGAUGUCCACAUAGUUCGAGGGGACUUUGAUGAGAACCUUAACUAUCCAGAGCAGAAGGUGGUGACGGUCGGUCAGUUCAAGAUUGGUCUCAUCCAUGGGCAUCAAGUGAUCCCCUGGGGCGACAUGGCCAGCUUGGCGCUGCUGCAGAGACAGCUCGACGUUGACAUCCUCAUCUCUGGGCACACUCACAAGUUUGAGGCGUUUGAAAACGAGAAUAAGUUCUACAUAAACCCGGGUUCAGCGACCGGAGCCUACAGCGCCCUCGACAGCAACAUCAUCCCCUCCUUUGUAUUGAUGGACAUCCAAGCGUCCACUGUGGUCACGUAUGUUUAUCAGCUGAUCGGGGACGACGUUAAGGUGGAGAGGAUAGAGUACAAGAAAUCUUAAAAAGAAGUGGGGUCACGUUGUGUUGUUUCAUUCCUUUCCACUGGGGGGCAGCAGCCUCCUGGAUGUCUACUCAAACUUCCGAAAUGAAAUCGUGUGAGACAUGUAUUAUAUUGUUUCUAAGUAGGCAGCACUGGCUUCUAUUAAAUGUGCUAUUUGCCAGAGAAGUCAUUUAUUUCACAUGUUUGUGAGCAAAUCAAUCCUGGUGCCAUCUAAUGUACUUAUUUACCAUCUCCAUGUUGUAGUCGCAGACAUCAGCUGCCUCUAGUCGACCUAAUUCCUCUAUUUGUAAACCACAAUAAAGAGCUAACAUCACCAGAA